GUCGUAGGCAUGCGCAAAAACGAGCUCGACCACGAGAGCGUUGAAGAAGGUCCCAGCCCAGACUGGCAUCAAAGGUCGCAUAGCAGUAUCUGGGAGGCGGAAAUGACACACGCGCUUGUUCGACACAUCGUGCGCCAGGGUGUCUACAGCAGUGGCGAUGUUACAGUCUUGAUUCCAUACACCGGGCAAUUGCAGAAAUUACGUGAGAAGACGCGUAAUGACUUCAAGAUUGUUCUCAGCGAACGUGACUAGAAAACGCUUGCCAGAGAUGAGUUCGACGACGAGACAACUCUUUUAGAAGGCGAGCAGGCGCACUCAGGAUCUGGGAGGAGACCACCAGAGAAAAAGAAGCUUGGUGAUAUGUUGAGAGUUGCUACCGUCGAUAGCUUCCAAGGUGAAGAGGCCAAGAUCGUCAUUGUGUCACUGGUUCGAAGUAAUAAGGAGAAGAAGGUAGGAUUUCUCAGGACGACAAAUCGAAUCAAUGUCCUCCUCAGCCGAGCUCAGCACGGCAUAUACCUCAUCAGCAAUACCGAUACUUACUCCAAUGUGCCUAUGUGGACACAAGUCCUUCGUAUGUUACAAGCAACAGAUUUUGUUGGCAAGGCCUUCGGUCUUUGCUGCCCUCGAGACGUGGAUACGGAGAUGCAAGCCUUUGAGCCAAUUGACUUCGAAAAACUCAGUCCCGAAGGCAGGUGCCAGCUUCCUUGCGAUCAACGCCUGACUGAGUGUGGCCACCGAUGCCAAGCGAACUGCCACUCCGAGAAUUUGCACCGAAUCUUCGAAUGUCCUCAGCCUUGUCAACGCCUCCACAGCCCGUGCAAUCAUAGCUGCCAGAAGCAAACUUGCGGCAAAGAUUGUGGUCCUUGUAUGAUCAGACAGAAUAAUAUCCGGCUUCCCUGCACGUAUUCGAAGGACGAUGUUCUUUGCCACCAGACACUAAAUCUCAGCAGAAUUGAUUGUAGUGUCCCUGUUCAAAAGCAACUUCCGGAUUGCAACCAUAUUAUCGAAGUCCCAUGUUCUCGAGAUAUGGCAUCUUCGCCUUUCAGCUGUCCUACAGCUUGCAGAAUAGACCUGGCAUGUGGGCACCGGUGUCCUGGGACUUGUGGUCAGUGUUAUCGCAAGGACGCCAACGACCAGCCAGUUGUCAAACAUGCCUCUUGUACCAAGGUGUGCAGCCGACGCCUUGGAACCUGUAAUCACAUCUGUCGGAGGGUCUGUCAUAAUGGGGCAGAAUAUGGCUUUUGUUUCUCUGCCUGCGAGGUUCGUUGUUCACAUUCUCGAUGCACCUUGCGAUGCCAUCAAUCGUGUGCGCCAUGUAUUGAGAGAUGUACCCAGUGGAGAACAGUCAAGCUUAUAUUAUAUGUUGCACGUGAUCUCUACAGCCAUUGAAUCCCAACAAGGAUUGCCCAAUACCUGGUCAAUUGCGGAGGGUAUCCAGAC